AUGCCCAACAUGACGACACUAAACCAGCUGUUUGAUCUGCCGGGGCAGAUUUGCCAUGUCCAGUGUGGUUUUUGCAACACAAUUUUGCUGGUAAGUGUACCGUUCACGAGCCUGUCAAUGGUGGUGACUGCGGGGAAAGAGGAGGCUGCAGCUACAACAGAUGGUGUGGAAGAAGAAGCAUGUAAGGUGAAUCAGGAGAAGGAGAACAGUCCAACGACUUUGGUCACAUCUUCAGACAAUGAAGAUGACGAUAGAGAUGUGUCUCGUGUUUACCAAGUUGUCAACAAACCACCUGAGAAACGACAACGAGCUCCUUCGGCUUACAAUUGCUUCAUCAAGGAAGAGAUCAGGAGGUUAAAGGCUCAGAAUCCAAGCAUGGCUCACAAAGAAGCUUUCAGCUUAGCUGCCAAAAAUUGGGCCAAUUUCCCUCCAGUGCAAAACAAGAGAGCUGCCUCAGAUCAAUGUUUUUACGAGGAUGAAAACACUGCAUUACUAUCAUGCAAUGCUCUUCAGGACCAUGAAGAAAGCAAUAAUGGUUUCAGAGAGAGAAAGGCUCAAAGGCAUUCCAUUUGGGGGAAAACUCCGUUUGAGUAA